AUGGUAGAUAAUGUUUGCGAAUGCAACUUCGGGUUGUCGUUCUUUAUUUUUGUGAUUCUUAGUUAUUACGGAGAUACGUGCAGCGAUUCGUGUGAAGGACUCAAAAUAGAAGAUGGAGAAGUCUAUGAAUGCAGUGGAUAUGGAGAUUGUGAACUAACGAACGGCGCCUAUGUCUGUAAAUGCGAUAGCUACGCCUUCGGCUCCGACUGCAGCGCGGUUUGUCCCGAAUCCUACCGCGAUGAUAAUGAUACCAUUAUCAUCUGCAGCGGCCACGGAACGUGCUCGUACACGGAUACUGCGACGUGCACCUGCAAUCCCGGUUACUACACCAGUGAUUGCAGCGUAUCAUGUCCUGGCCUGAUCACCGAAUCUGGCAAAGUGCUCGAGUGCAGCGGCCACGGCCAAUGCAUCAAAGAAGACGACGCCGAGAACUACUACUGCGAGUGCGACGCGAGCUACUCCGGCGAGGACUGCUCGCUCAGCUGCCCUGGGCAGAUCGAAAAGGACGGGAUUUGGGUCAGCUGCAGUGGAAACGGAGAAUGCGACGAAGGCACGUGCGUCUGCGACCCCGGUUUCUACGGAACGGCCUUCGACCAGCACUGCCCCGGACUCAUCACGCUCGACGGGAAUGUGGUGGAAUGCAAUGGACAUGGCACGUGCGAUCCCUCCUCGCUCACGUGCUCCUGCGCCAACGACCGGUGGGAUCCCACGGAUUGCGGGUGCAGCGCGACGACGUGCGGAGAGCACGGGUCGUGCCAAAACCAGACGUGCGUGUGCGACGAGAAAUUCAGCGGGGAGUUCUGCGAAUUCAACUGCGAUUAUAUGAAGGACUGUAGCGGGAAGGGCCUGUGCAACCAAGCGGGAAAGUGCGAUUGUGUUUUCAAUUUCUACGGGGAACACUGCGAGAAACAGUGUUCCGACAGCGACGAUUGCUCCGACCAAGGCGUCUGCAUCGAGAAUGGCAAGUGUUUGUGUUUCAGCGGAUUCGCGGGGGAACACUGCGAAAAAACCGCCCCGCGGGUCAGUUCGUCGCUCAUUUUAUCCGCGGUUCUCGCUCUGCUCUUGGCGCUACAGGUGUAUUUAUGGCGCCGUCAGAGCAAAACGCCCCGCUUUGCCGAGAAAUUAAAUCCCACCAAGGCCGCCCAAGUCGAGAUGACCAGCUCGGCAAUGCCCAGUUCGACUAACUCGGCAAUGCCCAGUACGACCAGCUCGGCAAUGCCCAGUACGACCAGCUCGGCAAUGCCCAGUACCAUUGUGGGGGGCUGGGCGUGUCCCGCGUGCACGAAGAUCAACCCGCCGAGCGUUUCGCGGUGCGUGGUGUGCAGCACCCCGCGGAACAAGACCAUCCCCGCGAAACCCAAGCGGGUGCGAAGAACCGCCAGACCCGCGGGGAAGCCCGAGGAACCGAAGAAGGAGCCCGCCAGGGAGCACAAGCAGACCGGGGAAACCGGGGAAACCCAGAGCCAGGCGAGCAAAGGAAGAGAACCUCUCAGUGAAACUCCCAGUGAAACUCCCAGUGAAACUCCCAGUGAAACUCCCAGUGAAACUCCCAGUGAAACUCCCGCGGGAGCCAGCGAAUCCACGGGAUCCGCUGCGCCUGCUGUGCCUGCUGCGCCUGCUGUGCCUGCUGCGCCCUCGAAGCCUGCUGAACCUACUGAGCCUGCUAAACCUGCUGAACCUGCUGAACCUGCUGAACCCACAGAGAGCGUGGAAUCAGCGGCGAGCGAGAUUUUUGCCGAUGCGAAUCUUCGGAUUUUUUUGUCCAGCUCCAAGUAG